AGUCGAGGAUCGGUAGGAUAGUCAGUUUUACUAGGGUAAGUUUGGCGGCGUGAGUGAAGGAGGCUUUGUUGCGGAAUAGAAAGCCGACUCUAGAUUUGACUUUAGAUUGGAGAUGUUUGAUAUGAGUCUGGAAGGAGAGUUUACAGUCUAGCCAGACACCUAGGUACUUCUAGAUGUCCACAUAUUCUAGGUCGGAACCAUCCAGGGUGGUGAUGUUAGUCGGGCGUGCGGGUGCAGGCAGCGAACGGUUGAAAAGCAAGCAUUUGGUUUUACUAGCGUUUAAGAGCAGUUGGAGGCCACAGAAGGAGUGUUGUAUGGCGUUGAAGCUCGUUUGGAGGUUAGAUAGCACAGUGUCCAAGGACGGGACGGAAGUGGUGGAUCAGGGAAUCACCCACAGCAAGAGCAACAUCAUUGAUAUAUACAGAGAAAAGAGUCGGCCCGAGAAUUGAACCCUGUGGCACCCCCAUAGAGACUGACAGAGGACCGGACAGCAUGCCCUCCGAUUUGACACACUGAACUCUGUCUGCAAAGUAGUUGGUGAACCAGGCAAGGCAGUCAUCAGAAAAACCGAGGCUACUGAGUCUGCCGAUAAGAAUAUGGUGAUUGACAGAGUCGAAAGCCUUGGCAAGGUCGAUGAAGACGGCUGCACAGUACUAUAUUUUAUCGAUGGCGGUUAUGACAUCGUUUAGUACCUUGAGCGUGGCUGAGGUGCACCCGUGACCGGCUCGGAAACCAGAUUGCACAGCGGAGAAGGCACGGUGGGAUUCGAGAUGGUCAGUGACCUGUUUGUUGACUUGGCUUUCGAAGACCUUAGAUAGGCAGGGCAGACCCUGAUGAAGGGCUCAGCCAAGAGAGAGACCCUGGAGAAAACCAUGAGGAUCAAACUGGAGUCAGAGAUCAAGAGACUACACGACUUCAACAGAGACCUCAGAGAUCGUCUGGACAACGCUACCAAACAGCAGGAAGUUGAAUCGGCAGACAGGAAACAGCAGGUCUUCACCAAACUCCUGGAACAAAAUGAGGAACAGCAGCGGGAGGUGCAGCGUCUGCGUGGCUCCGAGGAGGAGUGGCUUCGGCGCCGGGAGGUUCUGGAACAGGCCCUGGGGUCGGCACAGGCCCGUAACCUGGCCCUGGAGGAGGAGCUUAGGAGGAAGAGGGCGUACGUAGAGAAGGUAAAGCGGCUGCAGAGUUCCCUGGGCCAGCUACAGGCAGCCUGUGAGAAGAGAGAGGCCCUGGAACUGAGGCUGAGGACCAGGCUGGAGCAGGAGCUGAAGAGCCUCCGAUCAGCACAGUCCCACAGCACGGCUAGCGGUCCUGGCUCCCUGCCCUCUGAUCUGAGCUCCAUGGUGUCUGUACAGCAGCAGCAGCUGGCUGAGAGAGAAGAGAGGAUCCUGGCUCUGGAGGCUGACAUCACACACUGGGAACAGAAGUACCUGGAGGAGAGCACCAUGAGGCAGUUCGCUAUGGACGCCACCGCUGCAGCUCAGAGAGACAGCAGCGUCAUCAAACACUCGCCUCGUCACUCACCCGACAACAGCUUCAACGACUACCUGCCAUUCAGCCACAGGCACCGGGAGAUGGAGAACAGAGUCCGAGCGCUGCACUCCCAGCUCCUGGAGAAGGAUGCAGUGAUCAGGGUGUUACAGCAACGGACUGGACGGGAGCAGAACAGGCUAGAGCAGCAGGCCCUCCGUCCAGCCAGGUCCGUCCCCUCCAUCAGCACCGAGCAGCAGGACCUCCAUCCAGCCAGGUCCGUCCCCUCCAUCAGCACCGAGCAGCAGGACCUCCAUCCAGCCAGGUCCGUCCCCUCCAUCAGCACCGAGCAGCAGGACCUCCAUCCAGCCAGGUCCGUCCCCUCCAUCAGCACCGAGCAGCAAGUCCUCCGUCCAGCCAGGUCCGUCCUCUCCAUCAGCACCGAGCAGCAAGCCCUCCGUCCAGCCAGGUCCGUCCUCUCCAUCAGCACCGAGCAGCAAGCCCUCCGUCCAGCCAGGUCCGUCCCCUCCAUCAGCACCGAGCAGCAGGACCUGCGUCCAGCCAGGUCCGUCCCCUCCAUCAGCACCGAGCAGCAGGCCCUCCGUCCAGCCAGGUCUGUCCCCUCCAUCAACACUGAUGGCCCAGUGGAGCAACCCAUCCAGGGGAAAGAGCACUUCCUGGCACCACCCAACACACACCAGAGCUCCAGAAGUUCAGACUCAGCAGCAGAAGUGGUGGAAAUCCUAAUUUAAGAAACGCCGAACUGUGGGAUGAAUGGUGACAACACGGUAGACGGCCAAGAGAUCCUCAUGUCCUGUAUGUCCCUCCCAACGAGGAGAAGACAACCUGUCUGUCUCUGGUCAGACUGACCUCCAG